ACUCGCUGCACAGGAUGACGUUAGCAUCAACAGCAAUUCAUGCAUUGAUCAAAGAUGAAUUUUGAUGACUUAUCUUUAUCAGAAUUCUUUGCAGGACGCUCAGUCUGAUUUGGAGGUGAUCUUAGAGUUCCUGGAGGAGUACUACCGACAGAACUCUGCAGAAAAUGAGGACAAGGUGCACCACAGUGAGGCUGCGGAGGAAAGAAGUGCACCUGUGGAUGAAGCAUCGUAUGAGCAGCUGUGGACGUACUAUCACCAAACCUACACCUCUGCCGUUCCUGGCACGCGACGCCCCUCCAGCCCUCGGCCAAAACACGGCAGUAAGAAGAUCAGACUCUUUCACUUUCUCUUCGAGAUGCUGGAGGAUCCCAGCAUGGCCCACUGCGUGUCCUGGGUGCCAGCGGCUGCCGGCGUCUUCCGGUUCUCCUCCAAGAACAAGAACCAGGUAGCGGUGCUGUGGGGCCAGAGGAAGGGCAACAAGAGGCCCAUGACGUACCAGAAGAUGUCCCGGGCCCUCAGGAACUACGCCCGGUCCGGAGAGAUCUUCAAGGUGAAGAAGAAGCUCACCUACCAGUUCAGCCUGGACACCCUGAUGUUACUGCAGAGGUGUCGCCGAGGAGAUGUGUGA